AUGGAUCGCGUUAUCCAUUUCAAGCGACGACUAACAUCUACCACGAGUGUCUUCGACUGCGAGAAGGAAGGUGGACUUUGGAACCCGGAUGACCCUCGUCAUCUUCACCCGUCCAUCCGUAAUGUCAUAUCCUAUCCGCGUGGCACCUGUCCUCUCGCAACCUCACCUUCCUCAUCUGGCUACAUGCUUUCAUUCUUCGUGGCCACGACCAACGGCGACUAA